AUGACAUGCAAAAGCACGAAAACCGCCGCCAUCUUCGGCGUGACGGGGCUCGUCGGUCGGGAGGUCGCUCGAACCCUCCUUUCGUCUCCCGAUUGGAAAGUCUACGGCAUCGCCCGCCGCCCGGACCCCACCCCAUGCGCGGCCGGCCGUUACCAUUUCAUCCCUUGCGAUCUCCUCAACCCUUCCCACACCCUCCACAAGCUUUCCCCCGCCUUGAAAGACGUGACCCACGUGUUCUGGGUCACGUGGGCCAGCCAUUCCCCUCUCGACUGCCUUGACCAUAACCGAGCCAUGCUCGCCAACGCCCUCGACUCCAUUUUGCCGAGUAAACGCCUAAGGCACGUCUCCCUCCAGACGGGCACCAAGCACUACGUCUCGAUUGCCGCGGGCCCCACCGGAGGGGAGGACGAAGCCCGGCGCUACAGUGAGGAGUCUCCGCGGGUAGUGUCCACCGAGACAAGCAAUUUCUACUACGCGCUCGAGGAUUUGUUGCGGGAGAGGCUGAUGGGUCGGAAUGUGGGCUGGUCGGUCCACAGGCCCGGAUUGAUAUUGGGCUGCUCCUCGAGGACGUUGUUCAACUUCAUCGGGAGCGUGUGCGUGUACGGCGCGGUGUGCAAGUAUCUUAAUCUGCCUUUUGUUUUUCGAGGCACGAGGAAGUGUUGGGAGGAGAUGCACGUGGACAUGUCGGAUGCUCGUCUGGUGGCGGAGCAGCAUAUUUGGGCCUCGACGAGCGAGGACCCGAGAGUGGCGAACCAGGCUUUUAAUGUGACGAAUGGGGAGGAUUACACGUGGAGGGAGAUUUGGGGCGAGAUCGGGGCCCGGUUAGGGGUGGUGGAUAUGAAAGGGGAGUGUGAGGAUGAGGUGUUUACGGAGAGUGAAACGUUUUGUGAGGCGAUGGGGGAUAAGGGUGGGGUUUGGAAGGAGAUUGUGGAGAAGGAGGGGCUUGUGGAGGUUGAGAUGGGGGAUUUGGCUAAUUGGGGAUUUUUGGAUAUGCUGUUUAGGUGUCCUGUUAAGAUGCUUGCGAGUAGGGAGAAGGGUGAUGGAUUGGGGUUCAAGAAACGGUAUCGUGUUUUGGAUUCGGUUUUCUAUUGGAUUGACGUGAUGCGGGCUCAUAAAUUGAUCCCGGCUAGUUAG